AUGCGCCCGCCCACCCAGGAAGACGAACGCGCUGAGGACUCGCCAGACCAAGCUCCUCAGGAUCAAUGUCUAGCGGUGACGCAGUGCGCAAAAGACCUCAGCAACCUGCGCAGAGGCCAGCGUCGCCGCAUCCGUCGCGAGCUUGAGUCCAUCGACCCGUCAACUGCCCACCCCCAAAAGCAGUCUCCGCUGUGGUCCAAGCUUCCUCCAGAGUUGCGCAAUCAAAUCUUCACUCUCGCCGUGUCCCAGCAUGUUGAUCUCACCCGCCCGUACCCAGAAAACAGCUGGUACUAUCGCCCUGGCUACACCCAUGCCUUUGCAAUGCACACCGAUCUUCUAGCCACCUGCCGCCUGGCCUACUGGGAAACCUCGGCCAUCCCCUUGUCCACUGCCACUCUGCCUGUGUGGGAAGAUCGCGGCCCUCCCGAUGCUCCAAAGUGGCGCUUCGCAGAGUUCACCGCCAGGAACACGGCUCUGCUGAACCACGUUCACUUCUUCGUGCGCCGCCCCAAUGGGCAUUGGUAUACGCCUCUGUCCCAGUUUCGCCCCAAGCACAUUACCGUCACCAUCCGUCACACGUCGUGGUACGGCUGGCCGAACGACAAGCCGCUCAUGAUUCUGGACACCUGGCGCCAUGGUCUCAUUCCGGCCAACGUCAAGUUUCCAUCGUGUCUGCAAGACCUAACAAUCGAAUUCGAGACGCUGAAGCGCAAGAAGGACCAGUUGAACAACAUCAUCAAGAAAAAAGUUUCCAACUGGCGCUUCCCGCUCGAGGAUGGCACCGUACUUUCCCCGCUCACCACUCCACCAAAAUAUUCCGAGUGGACGGGUGCAGCCGACUUUGGUGGUGUGAAGUGGCGCUUGGCCCACGGAAAUCUGGACACCAUCGACUAUGUCGUCGUCACCAUGACCUGGACGCCGCACCAGUCUACUCGCGAAACCAUCGAGUCCGCUUGA